AUGGCGUCGGGACGUGACGAAAGGCUGCUGCCAAGAAGACGAAAGCAUGACAGUGAAAAUGUCAACAAAUCCGAACCACAAAGCACAGUGAAAGAAGAAAUAGAGGGGUGGGAGAAAAAUGUACAGGAGGAACUCGACGAAGUGGAAGCGUACGAUGCAGGGCUACCCAACAUCUUUAAGGUUCCCAGUAGACUCCGAGACCUUGAAAAAACUGAUCCAUAUACGCCCCGCCUUGUUUCAAUCGGUCCUUAUCAUCGUUAUAAGCAUAAGCAGCACGAAGAACUGAAGGAAAUCGAAAAGCAUAAGAAGCACCUACUUCAACUUGUCCUGAAUCGGAGAAAGAAUUCGCUUGGCGACCUUAAUGAGGGGAAUAUGAUUGUUAAGCUACUUGAUGAUGCAAAGCCGUGCUUUGACAAGCCCAUGUUAGAAGGUUUUAAUAACAUACGAUUGCUAAAAAUGCUGUUGUUGGAUGCUUGCUUCAUACUUGAGUUGUUGCACGACUAUGCCAAUGACUGGAAGGAAUGCGGGGGCAACAAGAACCCAUUGUAUGUGCUUUGCCAGCGGGGUUUCUUACCUUUUAUACGACGCGACUUGUUAAUGCUUGAAAAUCAGUUACCAUUUUCGGUACUGUUCAAAAUUUAUAGAGUCUUUUGGGACUCGAGCGUCUCGAAGCAGACAAUUGUUGGCCUUGUUCUUACGUUUUUCAACCCAGUCAUCCCUGGGAUUUCCUUAAAAAUAUUCCCUUUUGAUGACCCUCUUCACCUCCUCAACAUUGUUCACUUGUCACUAGAACCAAACACCGUCGAACAGGGUUCUGAGACACAUAUUUUGGUCGGCAGUGUUCAGGAGGAGGGGCGUAAGACAGUGUCUGUGCACUCAGUUACAAGGCUUAGGGGUACGGGUAUUAAAUUUAGAAAAAAGGAUUCAUCAAUAUUCACAGAAAUUGAGUUCAAAAAAGGUACGCUCUUGAUUCCACCCCUUUUGAUCCAUGGCUCAACCAGAUCCACCUUCCUGAAUCUCAUGGCUUUCGAGCAAUGCUAUCCAGAUUGUGGAAGACAUAUCACCUCAUACGUCAGUUUCAUGGAUGGAUUAAUAGACUCUUCAAAAGAUGUGGAGCACUUGGUAGUGAAAGGGAUUAUAAGUCACCACUUGGGAAGCGACGAGGAUGUGGCCACUCUCAUCAACAAUCUUCGCAAGGAAAUGACCUUUUACACCAACAAAAAUAUGUCUGACAUAUCCGAAGAGCUGAAUAAGCAUUAUAAACAAAAAUUGCGAACUUGGACCACAACAUUGAAGCGUGAAUAUCUCAAAGAUCCUUGGAAAAUUAUUUCUCUUGUUGUAGCUGGUUUACUAAUUCUUCUCACAGCAGUACAGGCCGCCUACUCUAUGGUAAGUUAUCACUUUCCUAAGACUUGA